AUGACGGUAGUAUCGAGAUCAGGAUUAUCCGUUGUGUUUAAUACAGAGCCAGAAGACUACCCUGUUUGGUCUUUAACACCAUUCUAUGGCGCUAAGGUACUAUUAUCUGAUCCCAAUGACUAUCCUGAAACAACUGUCUUAUACAAGUAUGUUACUACUGGCGCUGCGUUGGAUAUAAAGGUGCAACCCCGCAUAUUUCAGUCAGAUGAUGAAUUACGAUGGAUAAAGAUAGAGAAUCGUGGCUGCUUGUUCCACGACGAGGGCAACCUGCAACAUACUAGCAGAUACUCCCUGGAAACUUGUAAGACUGAGUGUCGUAUGAAGAGGUUUCUCGACACAUGCGGUUGUAUUCCAUACAAAUAUCCAAGAGAGAAAAAUACACGCUUCUGUGAGUUCAAAGAUUUGGAAUGCUUAAACAAUAUACGCGUAACAGGAUCGGCUAUGUUGCCUUGUAAGCCGAUGUGUUACGUUGAAUGCAGAGACAAGAACUAUAAAAUAACAAGUGAUGUUAUGCCUCUACUUUCUGACAACUAUCCCAGUGAUGUCAUCAAGGACUACAAUUUGAGUACAUUGUCAGCUCUUCAAGUGUUCUAUGAUAAGCCAACAUGCACCUGCUACAAGCAAACACUUCUCAUCGACUUCGUAUUUUUUAUUGCUACUUACGGCGGUGUAUUUUCCAUUAGUUUUGGUGCGUCAUUGCUCACGUUUGUGGAAAUUGUUUACGUUUUUCUAUUUAAUGCUAUCAAGUAUUGGCAAAGGCAACGAAGAUGUCAUCCUACAUAG